UUUUUUGUCUUUUUCAUUUUUAUCGGUACUGGGGAUCGAACUCUCGACUGCCUGCUUGCAAGGCAGGUGUUUAUGCCGCUGAGCUAAAUCCCCAGCCCUUGCUCUUCUUUUUCUAGAAGCUUCAGGUGUAGCAUUAGGUUGUUUAUUUGUGCUUUUUCUGUUUUCCUGAUAUGAGAAUUCCUGGCUAUCAAUUUCCCUCUUAGAGCUGCUUUCAUUGCAUCCCACAGGUUCUAGUAUGUUGUAUCUGCAUUUUCUUUUAAUUGUAGGUACUGUUUAUUUCUCAUUUAACUUCUUAACCAUUGGUUGUUCAAGAGGGUAUUACUUAAUUUCCAUGUGUUUACAGAGCUUUUGUAUUUUUUGUUUUUAUUUGUUUGUUUGUUUGUUGGUAUGGGGGAUUGAACUCAUGACCUAGUGCUUGCCAGGCAGGCACUUACGCCCCUCAGCUAAAUCCCUGGCUCCUUUUGUGGUUUUUAUUGUAAUUAAUUACACUAUGGUGAGAUAAUAUGCAUGGGAUAAUUUCAAUUCCUUUAUAUUUACUUAGGCAUGUUCUGUGGGAUAGUAUAUGGUCUGUUUUAGAGCGCAUCCCAUGUGCAGCUGAGAAGAAUGUGUAUCUGAUGUUGUGGGGUGGAACACUCAAUAAACAUCUACUAGGUCAAUUUGUUCACAGGUUUGAUUCAGUUCAGUUAUUUCUUUGCUAAUUUUUUUGUACUGUUGACCGGUCUGUUUGUAACAGUGAAGUAUUAAGGUCCCCCAUUAUAACUUGUUAUUGCUUAUAAUUUUUUGUGUGUCCGUUAAUAUUUGCCAUGUAUUGUUGAGCAUUCCCAUAUUUGGUGCUUAUAUUUGUCAUUGUUAUGUGUUCCUCCUGAAUUUUUCUCCUAACAAGAAUUUAAUGACCUUCUUUAUCUCUUUUAAUCAUUCUUGGUUUAUAGUUCACAUUUUCUGCAAACAGGAUAGCUACCCCUGCUUUUUUCUAGGUUCCUUUUGCAUGGAGUAUUGUUUUUCAUCCUUUAACUUUUGUCUAUGAGUUUCUUUUUGAGUUAAAUGCAUUUCUUGUAUACAGCAGAUUGUUGGAUCCUGUUUGUUGAUUCAUUCUGGUUGUCUGUUUGUUUUGACUGAUGAAUCAAGGCCAUUUACAUUUAUGAUAAUUAUUGAUAUGUAUUGGCUUGUCUUUGUCAUGUUAUUUUCCUGUUCUUUUUUUUUUUUUUUUUUUUUUGCUUUUGUUUUUUUCUUUCUUUUUAUCGAUACCAGGGAUCGAACUCACGACUGCCUGCUUGCAAGGCAGGCACUUAUGCCACUGAGCUAAAUCCCCAGCCCCUAGUUUCCUGUUCUUGGUUCCCUGCUUUUCCCUCAGUUUAACUGCUUGCCCUGCUUGUUGGUUUCUUUCUGUUAGAAUUGUGGUCAUUAUUGUCUCUGUCUAGAAUACCUUUUAGUAUUAGUAUUCUUUGUAGUGUGUUGGAUCAGUGGUCAUGAAUUUCAUCAGUUGUUCUUUGUCAUGAAAAGUACUUUAUUUCUCCUUUUUUUUUUUUGUUUUGUACUGAGCAUGGAAGUCAUAACCUCACGUUUGCCUGGCAGGUGCUUACACCACUGAGUUAAACCCUCAGCCUUCUCCAUUGAUUUUGAAACAUAGUUUUGUCAGGUACAUCAGUCGGAGUUGGAAUUUGUUUUCUUUUAGGACUUAAAAAACUUCACUCCAAGCUUUUCUUGCAUUGUUUGUGUUGCAAACUUCGCUGUGAUUCUGAUAGGCUUUCCCUUAUUAUUCAUGAUAUUUCUUUUCUGUAAUAGCUUUUAAUAUUCUGUUCUUGUGCUGAAUUUCUGGGAUCUUGUUAUAUGUCUUUGUGUAGAGUUUUCGUAGUUAUGCCUGAUUGGGGUUCUCUAUGGCUCACUUAGGUAUAUGUCAGAUUUUUUUUCAAUACUUGGGAAAUUUUCUGUUAUUUUGCAAAUAGUUUUUUUUUAAUUUCAUUUGUGUUAGGCCUUGCUUUUUAAUUGACACCCAUUAUCCUUAUAUUAUUUUUCUUUACCUUAUCAUGUAGCAGUUGAAUUAUUUUAAUUUUUAGUUAUUUUCAAGAUAUCUGUCCUUUCCUAGUCACUAGCUAUGAUCCUGUCUUCAUAUUCAGUUUCAUUCAAGUGGGUUUGCUAGCUUUCAAUGGAAUUUUUGAUUUCCUGGAUAUCUGCUUGAAUGUUCUGUUUGUUUCCUAUAUUGAUCUUUCAUGAUUUCCAUCCUCUUCCUAACAUCAUCUAUUUUCUUAUCUGUCUCUGCUCUAGAUUUGCUGAACAUUUUGGUUAAAGUGUUGACAUUUCUUUUUAAUCUGAGAGACUAUUUCUGAUCUGAUUUCCUUUAUAGCCUUAUGGAUUGGUUUCUUGAUUUUUUUCUUUAUUUCUUGUACCAGGGAUCAGACUCAUGAACUGACGCUUACCAGGCAAGUGCUUGAGCCACUGAGCUAACUCCCUGGGCCCAUGGAUUUGUUUUUUUUUUGUUUUUUUUUUACCUCAGUUGCUAUCAUUUCAGAGAUUUUAGGUGUGUGUCUCCUAUUUUCUUCUAUGCUAAUGACUUUCUGGGUUCCCAGUGAAGGUGGAGAGGUGAUGGGAAUCUCUGCCACCUCAGGCUCUCCUAAACUGUGUUCUGAAAGGUCUUUUAAGGGAAAAUUUUAUCCCCCAAACUGGGUUCUGAAAAGUCUUAUGAGGUAAAAUUUUAUCUAUGAAUUUCCACAUCAAGGAAACUUAGGAAGCGCAAAUAAAAAGCCUAAUGUUGAGACUCGAACUUCUAGAAAAAGAAGAACAAGGCAAGCCAAAUGCUUAUAUGGGGGAGGAAAUAAUAAAUAUUCCAGCAGAAACUAAUCCAGUUGAGACUAAAGAAUCUAGGAAUCAAAGAGAUGAUUUGAAAGAUUAAAUGAAUUGAAAAUCACUUUGCAAACAUAAAAGGAAGGAAAAGAUUCAUAUUCAUGAAAUUAAAUAUGAAACAGUGAAAUUACAACAGGUUCUGCUGAAAUUCAGAAGUUUAUCAGUACCAAAUACGAGAACAAAUAUUCGAAAACACAGAAGAAUUAGACAGAUUCCUACCAACAUCUGAAUUACCAAAACUGAACUGAGGAUUUAAAAUUCUAAUUAACCCAGUAUCAGUCAGUGAAGUUGCAAAAGUAAUUUUAUUGGCCCUGAAUCAAGGCCAGCAGCUUCCUGACGCUGUUGGUUUCAAGCAGGAGCCUAAAGAGAUGUCUUUCUAUGAUCUGUUGGCCAUUUCAGAACUUGGGCAGUGAAAUGGUCAAUUCAUUAGAAAGAAAAAGCUUGAAGCAACCCCUCAUUGCCCCCACUCCCCGUUAGAGGCUGUGAGUGUGGCAGGCUGCAGCGGCCCAGGACGGGAGCCACUGGCAUUUACUGGGACCUGCACUAUGCUGGGACCUGGAGCAUUGGGAAACCAAGCAACCCCUCCCCCCUGAUGAGUGGCUGUGCAUGUGGCAGGCUGUGGCGGCCCAGGACAGGAGCCACCGGCGUUUACUGGGACCCAUGCCAUGCUGGGACCUGGAGCACCGGGAAACCAAGCUACCCCUCCCCCCCCUGCAUGUUUUGUUUUGUUGAACUUCAAUAUACAUGAAAGUAUGGACAGCUAUUUUGAAGAGAGAAACUCUACGACAGCUAUUAGUGACUUCCCUAUUGUCUGGUCUUGAAGACCUAAAUCGCCUUCCUCAUUCUGUUCAGAUCAGUUUUAUACUAUGUUGUUUUAUAUGAAUUCUCUGCAAAGACAUGGACAACUAUUUGGAAGAAAACAAGAGACAAUAUGAUAGACAGUGAAGCUCUCAGGUCGUCUAGCUUUGAAAUUUAUGUCUCUUACAUUGCUUUCUUAUGUACUAUUUUGUUCUGUUUUGUUGUGUUUAAUUCUACCCCCUUUAAAAUGAAAGAAAGAAAGAAAAGUAAUUUUAAAAUGACCAACACAAAGCUCAGGUAUGGACUAGUAUAUAGCUGAAUUCUAUAAGAUCUUUAGAGAAGAGCUAAUGCCUCUACUGAUGACACUCUUUAAUGAAAUUGAAAGGGAAAUAGUAUUUGUGAAAUCUUUCCUGGAAACAAGUAUUACCAUGAUGCAAAAACCAGAAAAAAACCAACCAAAAAAGAGAGCUGUGGGUGAAUACCAUGAAUGCAAAUACAUGCAGAAAGUCUCACUGAGAUACUGGCAAACAGAAUACAAUAAAUCAUCAAGAUUAGAUAUCAUGAUCAAGAAGGAUUCAUCCUGGGUAUGCAAGGAUGACUAAAUAUACACAAACCAAAGAAUGUAAUACACCAUAUCAAUACAGCAAGAGACAAAUAUACAAGAGCAUCUCAGUCAAUUGCAGAAAAAACAAACUGGGGAGAGUUGGAGGUUAAACUUCAACUGAUUAUCGGUGUUUGUCUCUGCUUGUUACUGAGACUGUGGACAAGAGAGCAAUUUCAUUCUCUGAUGGUGGCUCACUGUGAUGUGAAGAAGCCUAUAUUUAACUUUCUGACUUCUCAUGUUUCUCAGUGUCACCAUCUUGACUGUGUUACUCUGGAUUGCAUAGGCACUGAGAAUUUUGUAAGACUGUGGGAAUCUAUAUAACUUUCUGAGUGUGGAUUCUCUCAUGAAUGGCAGUGAAGGAAGGUUCUUCCCUAACCAGUUAUCCAUUUGCUAUUUCUUUACAGCAAGUUGCUUGUUUAAAAUACCAGUUACCUCAGUGACUUAAAAAUUGCUUUUCAAGUUUUCACUUCAUGGGGCAGGGGGUUGUUAGCUCAGUGGCACAAGUGCCUGCCUGGCAAGUACAAGGUUAUAAGUUUGAUCCCUGGUGCCAAAAACAAAAAAAAAAAAAUUUCACUAUACAAUUGUGUUUUUCUUAGUUUAAAAGUGAAUAUGAUAUUGAUUACAUGUGAAGAAAUAAAGAAACACUUAGAUGCAAUUGUUUGUUUUGCAUUUGUCAUAAAUAUGUGUAACAAUCCAUGUAAUCUUGAUGCAGGUGAGGAAACCAAACUGUGUUUACCUCCAAUGUUAGUCUGAUUUCAUGUAACUGCCCACACAUUGGACAUAAGUUGGAGUUUUGCAAGUUCUUUGACCCUUAAAAAUCUCAUCAGACAAAAAUCUUAUUUUGUUUCAACAUUUGGAACUGGAAUGAAUUAAUUGAGGUUAAUAUGUCAUUGUGAUUUUAACUGGAUGAGGAUACAAGGUUUGUAUUGGGCAGGCUACUGGCCAUAGAAUUGUAGGAAAGUUCAUAUCUCUGACACUUCAUUCCCCUACUCUACUGCCUCUGGGUUUGUGCUAUUUCAGAUUUUUUUUUUGUUAUUUAUUGUCAUGGGUUUUAAAAUGUUACUAUUGAUUUUUUUUGCAAAAGAUAAUGAAGAACAUUUUUUAGAAUAAAUUACUGAUGUGCAGGUGAUAAAUUGGUCAAAUACUGGGAUUAUAGACAUGUACUGCCACAGCUGGCUGAAGUUUUCCUUUUGGAAUUAGUGCCUAAUUACUUCAUGAUGUCUUCAGUUUUAAUGUGUAAUGUUUUAUUCAUAUCCUUCCCCUAGUACCAAUCACUUUGUUUCUUUUUUUUUUUUUUUUUUUUUUUUUUUUUGUCUUUUUCCUUUUUAUCGGUACUGGGAUCGAACUCACGACUGCCUGCUUUACAAGGCAGGCGCUUAUGCCGCUAAGCUAAAUCCCCAGCCCCAAUCACUUUGACAAUGCUAGAGUUUCUUAUGUCUGAGUGCAUGGUGAUCAAUUAUAAUCAAAGAACUACAGAUAAUAUGCCACCUGCCACCUUUUUCAUUACCUUUUUUUUUUAUUGGUGCACUUUAGAUAUACAUAGUGAUAAAAUUCAUCUUGGGAAUUUGUACCUGUUCAUGAUAUAUCUUUAUGCUGCUGCUGCUGCUGCUUUUUAUUUUUCUCCCCUCCAUUCAGAUCCUCUUCCCCUCUUUAUUUACAAAGCUGUUUCAUAUUUGUUCCUUUCUUUUUCUUAGCCCUUCUUUCCUUCCCCUGCACCUCAUUUUUGCCCUGUUCAUUUAAACAGUUUCUUCAUAGAGUCCUCAAAAAACAAAACCUACAGAAUCCAUUAACCCAGCAAUUUCCUUUCUUGUUCUUAACCCAAAAGAAUUAAAAGCAUCUUCCUACAGUGAUGUAUGCACCCAUGUUUUUGCUAGCACAGUUUGUAAUAGAUAAAUCUUAAAAAACAGCCCAAAUGUCCAUGACUGGUAAAUGCAUAAAGAAGAUGGGGGGGGGGGUUGUGCAGUGGAAUACUACUGUGCCAUAAAGAAUGAUAAGCUUGAGACAACUGUAGCUAAAUGAGUGGACAUUGAGAUCUCACACUUGAAUGAAAUGAAUUGGACAUACAAAUAUGAAUAUUAUAGGGUUUCUCUGGUGUGAAAAACCAAAAAUUAAAAAUAAGUAACAAAGUACAUAUCCUUAAUAGUCUAUUAAUUUUUUCUAUUUCUAAAAGAACAUGUAUAUUUCAAAAUGCUGUCUAUGUACAUUUUGUUGUUUUGCAAAACAACAAAAAAUGACUUAAUUUCCAGAAUAAUCAGUCUUGAAAAGAGAAUAGACUUAAGGUCUGUCACAGUCAUUCAUUAGAUAUUUUUCUGACUCCUGUUUUUAUAAUAUUGAUUUGCAAGCUCCAUCUAUGAGCUCUGCUUUAGAAACAGUGCACAAAUACAAUUUCUGUGAACCUAGCAGGAAAUGACAGCUAAUAAUCUGCUGUUGCUCUCAUCAGAGAACCAAUCUAGCAUCAGAAUUGCAUGUGAGGGGGCUGGGGAUUUAGCUCAGCAGCAUAAGCACCUGCCUUGCAAGCAGGCAGUCAUGAGUUCGAUCCCCGGUACCCAUAAAAAAGGUAAAAGACAAAAAAAAAAAAAAAAAAAGAAUUGCAUGUGAAACCUUGUACAUACACAUGGAUUUGGUGACAAAGACAUGACAUUUAUAUUUGAAUGAACAAACUCAGAAAAAAAAAAUCAAAAAAUAAAGGAACAAACCCAGUUCAGCUUUUACAAGAGGAGUUCAGGUUCUUAGUAUAUGAGAGUCAACCUUCUUUUAGGAAGUACAUAUGUGAUUCUUUAGGAGGCAGUGACCUUGGCAGAUAUAACCGUGAACUUCACCAAAGAGGAAUGGGCUCUGCUGAAUCCAUCCCAAAAGAAGCUCUACAGAGAUGUGAUGUGGGAAACAGUGAUGAAUAUAAAUGCUAUCGAGAUGAGGAGGUAGCAAAAUGCUAUCAACAUAAGACUUGUAAUCAUCAUGCAAAUAUAUUCCUUCAGCUUCCAGUUGAUAAUUUGGACAUGCAACAAGGUGCUUUAAAACCAGUUGGAAGUCUUGUCCUUAGGGAACCCUUGAAUGGGCUUUUAUCUUCAAAUGAGCCAAGUUCAUAUCACACUGGAGAGAAACCACAUGAGUAUUUGGAAUUUGAUGUCAAGCUGAGUAAAUAUAAUGAACAUGGAAAACCCUGCGGUGAUUUCCAAUCCUUUCAGAUGCAUUCAAGGACAAAGACUGUAGUGAAGUCCUAUCAACAUGAGCAGUUCAAUUCCUAUUCUGAGCUUAGUGAAAAAACUCACCCUGGAGACAAGACAAUUGUUGGUCAGAAAACUGUGAAAGAUUCCAUCACCCUUGAUUUUCAAAACGGUGAAAGAAUUCACACUGGGAAGAAGCCAUAUGUGUGCAAGCAAUAUGGAAAAAUCUUCAGUACUCAAGGUUGUAAAAUUCAUGAAAGGAGUCACAUGGAGGAGAAACCCUAUAUAUGUAAGCACUGUGGAAAAACAUUUUAUAUCUAUGGUUGCUACCAAAGACAUGAAAGAAUUCACAUUGGUGUGAAUCCUUUUAUAUGUAAGCAGUUUGGGAAAUCAUUCAUCAGAUACACUCAAGAUCAAAGCCAUGAAACUACUCACGCUAGGGAGAAACCAUAUGUAUGUAAGCACUGUGGGAAAGCUUUCACGAGACGCAGUUAUUGUCAAGUGCAUGAAAGAAAUCACACUGGAGAGAAACGUUAUAUGUGCAAGCAAUGUGGAAAAGCAUUCACUACAAAGACGUAUUCUAACAUACAUGAAAAAAUUCACACUGGGGAAAAACCUUAUAUGUGCAAGCAGUGUGGGAAGACAUUCACUACAAAUCGAUCUUGUCAAAUACAUGGAAGAAGCCAUACUGGUGAGAAGCCUUAUGUAUGCAAGCAAUGUGGGAAAGCAUUCACUACACGCCAAUCUUGUCAAAUGCAUGAAAGAACACACACUGGGGAGAAACCUUAUGUGUGCAAGCACUGUGGAAAAGCAUUCACUAGAAAGCCUCAUUAUAACAGACAUGAAAGAAACCACACUGGUGAGAAAACUUACGUGUGUAACCAAUGUGGAAAGGCAUAUUCUACACAGCAAUCUUGUAAAGUACAUGAAAGAACACACACUGGGGAGAAACCUUAUGUGUGCAAGCAAUGUGGGAAGGCAUUUACUACACACCAAUCUUGUCAAAGACAUGAAACAAGUCACACUGGGGAGAAACCUUAUGUGUGCAAACAAUGUGGGAAGGCAUUCACUGCAAAGAAUUCUUAUAACAUACAUGAGAGAACUCACACAGGGGAGAAACCUUAUGUGUGCAAGCAAUGUGGGAAGCGAUUCACUGCAAAAAAUUCUUAUAACAUACAUGAAAGAACUCAUACUGGGGAGAAACCUUACGUGUGCAAGCAAUGUGGGAAGGCAUUUACUACACACCAUUCUUGUCAAAUACAUGAAAGAAUUCACACAGGGGAGAAACCUUAUGUAUGCAAGCAAUGUGGGAAAGCAUUCACUACACACCAAUUAUGUCGAAGACAUGAAAUCUCUCACUCUGGUGAGAAACCUUAUGUGUGCAAUCAAUGUGGAAAAGCAUUUACUAUAAGAAGUAAUUAUAAAAGACAUGAAAGAUCUCAUACUGGGGAGAAACCUUAUGUGUGCAACCAGUGUGGGAAGGCAUUUACUACACACCAAUCUCGUCAAAAACAUGAAACAAGUCACACUAGGGAGAAACCUUAUGUGUGCAACCUAUUUGGGAAGGCAUUCACUACAAAUAAUUCUUACACAUGAAAGAAUUCUCACGGGGUAGAAAUUAUGCAUGUGAGCCAUGUGGAAAAAGAUUAGUUAUUAGGCCCUCAUACACAGAUCCCACAUUGGGAGGAUCCAUAUGUAUAUAUGCAAUGUGGGUGAAGUCAUCAAUUAACACAUACUUUAUGAACAACAUGAAUGAAGUCACAUUGGAGAGUGACCCUAUUUAUUUAAGCCUAUUUUUUAAAGUUUGUGAAAAUUCCUCAAGUAAUGGAGACCUGAAUACAUAUCAAUGAAAAAUUAGAUGUCAGUAUUUCUUCAUGAGUUUACUAGAAGAUGUACUCCCAGAUGGUGAUCUCUGAUGUAUUCAAUUGUUUUUUCAUUAAAGCACUUGUAAAUAUCUGAACAAUGUAUCCACAGUCUUUACUAGAAGCAAUAUUGGUAUAUUUGAUACAAGCCACUGUCUUUUUGUUUUUAAUUGAUACCGGAGAUCAAACUCACAACUGCGUGCUUGCAAGGCAGGUGCUUAUGCUGCUGAGCUAAAUUCCCUAGCCCCUAAAUCACUGUCUUUCAACUUAGCAUAUUGUGUCUUCUACAAAAACAAGGUGAAUGGAAAUGCAUUUAUCACUUCCAGGUUGGGUUAGUAUUUAUGUAGUUUUGUUUUGCUUUUACUAUAGGGAAAUACAGGUUACACUAAAUUUGAUUGUAAUUUUCUUCAUGUAAACAUUUCAUAUUCUGUAUACAAAAAGAUAUUUUUUAGUUUGAUCCUCUAUGUGUAAAUACAUAUUAGAGACAUGAACAUGUAUGUUUUUCAAAGUUCAUUUGUUAGGCCAGAGAUUUAGCUCAGCAGCAUAAGUGCCUGCCUUGCAAGCGCACAGUAGUAAGUUUGAUCCCUGGUACAAAAAAAAAGUUCAUUUGUUGACACAACUUGUAGAUUAACGAAUGGUUUUUUAAUGUCUUAACUAGAUACCUGCAUAUAUCCCAACAUAAUUAUAUAAAGAACAUAAUUUCACCUUGUUUGCUUUCCUGUCGAAGUCAGUCCUAUGAUUCACACCUAGUUUUGUUUUAACAUAAAAGUGUUUACUUUUCAUGCUCAUAUUGUUAUGACUUCCAAUUUGGUGAUAAUUUUACCAAAAAGUAACCCAUACUGCUGUGCUUGUGACACAUUUGCCUUGUCAAAUAAAGGAUACUAUCAACUGUA